CUCGUGAAGAAAGGAUACCUGUGUGCGCGUGGGCGUAUGAAACACACAGUAACAGAAAAACUGCAAAGCUAUAGCCAAAGUGAAACUUGUUUUCCUCUGUUUUGUAGUUUGACCUGGGUUGUUCUCUUUCUCUUUCUCUUGCUUUCCCUCUUACUCUAGAAUCAAUUACUUAACAACUAAUGGUAAUACAAAGGACCAUUAGAGAUUCUGCUGCGCUCAUGGCCCACUAUGGAAGUGCUUAUCUAUUGGUUUGAAUGAAAUGACGCGGUAGUUUCUUCAUCUAGUGCUAGACAAGGCUCAUUGUAGAAGCGCAGUCUGUGAAGUGCAACUUUUGAACCAAAGCUUGCUGAAAGCAUCCAGCUUGGAUAUUGGUGUACUGAGGUCUCUUGGCUAAGAAUUUGCAAUUGUGGCAUUUCUUGUUUCCUUCUAAUGUAGAAAAAUGUCUACUGGUGAGUCCUCCAUCAAUAUUCAUGAUCAUGGUACUUCUCUUGACAAGAAAAAGAUUAGAGUUCAAUGCAACUAUUGUGGUAAAGUAGUCAGUGGCUUCUUCCGUCUCAAGUGCCAUUUAGGGGGUGUACGGAAAGAUGUAGUCCCUUGUGAGAAAGUUCCUGAAAAUGUUAAGGAAUCAUUUAGAAAUAUGUUAGAAGAAAGGAAAAGAGAGAAUCUUGCUAAGGAAGUUGGAAAAAUAUGUCAGCCAGAUCUGCCAGGGAAGAGAAAUGGGUGGCCUACCUCAAAUGUUGUCAAGCAUUUUAAGUUUGAAGCCAGUCAAACUGCUGGUUAUGGAAGCAAAAAGCAGCUAGAGAAUGAUUCUGUGGUAGAAGAUGAUGUGGUAGAACAUUUUCCAGUUCCUAACAAAAGACCAGAUUCAAAAAUAACCAUAAAUGGCCAAUUAAAAGAAGAUGCAUCAGCAGGCCAAGUCAAAAAAAGCAUUGGCAGAUUUUUCUAUGAAACUGGUAUUGAUUUUAGUGUUGCCAAUUCUCCUAGCUUCGAAAGAAUGCUAAAUGCAACUCUUGGUUGUGGUCAGGUGACAAUCCCUACUCUUCUGGAGUUGAAAGGGUGGAUUCUUUGGGAUGAAGUGAAAGAGAUGCAAGAAUAUGUGAAGAAGAUUAGACAUUCAUGGGCAAGUACUGGAUGCAGUAUUUUGUUGGAUGGAUGGGUCAAUGAGAAGGGUCAAAACCUGGUUAGUUUUGUGGUGGAAUGCCCUGAAGGUCCAAUUUAUCUUCAUUCAGCUGAUGUUUCAGCUAUUAUCAAUGAUGUAAAUGCAUUGCAGUUAUUACUGGAUAGAGCUAUUGAGGAGGUUGGGAUUGACAAUGUAGUUCAAAUUGUAGCAUGUUCAACGACAGGCUGGGUGGGAACUGUAGGCAAGCAGUUUAUGGACAGGCGUAGGACGGUGUUCUGGAGUGUUAGCACAUCUCAUUGCAUUAAGCUCAUUCUAGAAAAGAUAGGGACAUUGGUUGGCAUCAGGGGGAUACUAGACAAGGCCAAGAUCAUUACAAAGUUCAUUUAUGGACGUGGGGAGAUUUUGAAGCUUAUGAGAAAUCAUACGCAUAGCUAUGACUUGAUAAAGCCAUCCAAGAUGAAGUUUGUUGUGCCUUUCUUGACCUUAGAGAAUAUUGUAUCAGAAAAGAAGAACUUGAAGAAAAUGUUUGUGUCAUCAGAGUGGAGGACCUCAGUCUGGGCUUCCGUUCCAGAGGGAAUGACAGUGGCUCAUUUGAUGGAGGAUCUUUCUUUCUGGACUGGGGCUGAGAUGACCUUGAAGGCUACUGUGCCACUGCUCCGUGUUCUGAGUCUGAUUGCUGAGGCUGAUAAACCUCAAGUGGGUUACAUAUAUGAGACCAUGGAUCAAGCGAAGGAGACAAUUAGAGAAGAAUUUAAAAACAAGAAAUCACAAUAUAUUCCUUUCUGGAAAAUAAUUGACGAGAUCUGGGACACCUAUCUCCAUAGCCCUCUACAUGCUGCAGGCUAUUAUUUAAACCCAAGCCUAUUUUAUUCAACUGAUUUCUACAGUGAUCCUGAGGUUGCUUUUGGCCUGUUAUGCUGUAUUGUUCGUAUGGUACCAGAUCAGCACACACAAGAUCUAAUAUCUUUACAACUUGAUGAGUAUAGACAUGCUCGAGGUGCUUUCAAAGAGGGGAGUGCAAUUGGCAAAAGAACCAAUGUUUCUCCAGCCCAGUGGUGGUCUACCUAUGGGAAACAACAUCCCGAGCUGCAAAAAUUUGCUGUAAGAAUUCUGAGCCAAACUUGUGAUGGUGCUUUGAGAUAUGGGCUGAAGAGGAGUUUGGCUGAGAGGCUUCUCAUGAGUGGGAGGAACCAUGUUGAGCAACAACGAUUGAAUGAUUUAGCAUAUGUUCACUAUAACUUGCACUUGCAGAACACAAAAUUAGGUGUUAAAAGUGGCCUUGUAUCUGAGGAGAUUGAUCCGAUGGAUGAUUGGGUGGUAGACAAAGCACUAGAGACCGCACCCAGAAAUGGUGGCUCAGAGUGGAUGGAGGCAGACUGCACUGAAGCUACUGUAAAUGCGGAAGAACAUCAUGAAACUGAAGCAAGGGAGGGUUAAAGUGCAAAGCUGUAAUUUAAAAUUAACAAAAAAAAAAAAAAAAGAAAAAAAAGAAAACACCGUGAAGUCCCUUCAUAACUAGAGUUUCUUUUAUCCUUUUAGCUGCAUAUUUUGUUUGCUUCGAAAUCUAUACAUCUCUUUUUCCUUCCA